AGUUUCUCCUUCUCACCUACACAUCUCUCUCACCCUCACUGUUUCCCCCCUUCAUCUUCUUGGAAGACGCCUCAAACUCAAUUCUCAUAAAACCCUCCUCCUACACAAGCCAAGCGCUACAAACUUCCUUCUCUCCCAUCUAACCAAUCCUUCACGACAACAACUCUGCCUGCCUUCGACAGCCCACCACCGUGAGGAUAUUUCGGCAGUGCUCUUUCUCCAUCAGAGCCACAAUUACAUCCACUUCAAUCUACUCAGUCACAAUUUUCGAAACCAUCAUCAACACCUCCUCCGGCACUACUACAUACCCAAGAACCUCGACGAGACAAGAUGGCAGCCAGCGCACAGACUGGUCCGGAUAACGCUCCGCGCACAGUUCGAGAUCUACCCGAGAACACACGUUUGAGAUCCGGUCUCCCAACGCACAAGGGCUACGACGCAGUACAAGACACCAAUCGCGUCUUGAAGGCCCGCAAAGCCAAGUGCAAAUGUGGAGAGCAAGGGUAUAUGAGGAAGAAAGUCCGAAAGGCGAUCGCAGUACAGGGCGACUGGCUACCUGCCUCGAAGCGAUUCAUUUCGCAGUUGCAAUACAUCGAGUUGGAGCAAUAUCGUAUCUAUCUGAAGAUUAUCGAAGCUCGGCGAGACGACCACUAUGACUCUCAGACGAUUGCUGAAGCUAUUCAAAUGUUGGACCGCCAGAAUCCUCUUGCCUGGAUGGACGAUGAGACUGUGGAUAUUAUGAAGGAACACGAGAAUGAUAUCGAUGGCUGUAAGGAGCUUGACUGGUUCAUGCAGAUUGCAAAUGUCGAAACGGUGCGGGAAUCCAUUGCGCUAGAGAAAGAGCUGGGCUAA